AGAAGAGGAGGUGUAGAGGAACAAUAGCGACCUCUUCUCUUCCCUCCUCUCUCUCUCUCUUUCUCUCUCUGUUGUUGUGUUCUCUGAGAGGGAGUGAGAGAAAGAUACAUAUAUAUAUAUAUAUAUUGAUUCCAAAGCCUCCAUAUUUUUUUAUAUUUUGUUGUUUGCUCAUUUUUCUUUGCAGAAGGCGAUUGCAGAGAACAGUGAUCAGUGGAAGGAGCAAGAACAAAGAGAAAAAAAAAGGAGAGAAAGAGAAAGAAAGUGAGAGAAACGACACGGAAAGACAACAGACAGAAGUAGAGAGAGAGAGACAUAGAGAAGAAUUCAAGAGAGGCUUCAAUCCCACAGAAGAGAAAAGGAUGUCUGAGAGCUUUACACCCUUUUCCACCCUGCAACUAUAAGAGUACAGAGAGAAAGGAAGCUGGUUUUGUUGAACUGAAGAGAGAGAUGAUGAAGAACGAGACACUGAUAUGGGAAUAGCAAUACCUCUUCCUCUUCCGUAUGUGAUUUCUCAUUCAAAGGCUUACCAUCAUCAAAUUCAAAUCUCAGACAAGCCCAAUUCUGCAAAUUCUAUGUCCCAAGACUACCACCACCACCACCACCACCACCAAGGUAUCUUCAGUUUCUCAAAUGGGUUCGAGAGAGCCCAACACGAACAGCAACAGCAACAGCAACAACAACAACAACAACAACAACAGCAGCAGCACAUCGCUCAGCAUCAGAUCCGCAGGCCGCCGCCAUUGGUGGCGAUGGAAGAAGACGAAUCCGGUGAGCUUCCAGUUUAUGAGACCGCCGGUAUGCUUUCGGAAAUGUUCAAUUUUCCACACGGUGGCUCUGGAACGGGCAACGAGCUGUUAGAGAACCAGAUAUCUCCCAAUUAUCGCAACACUAGGCCGGCGGCAGCGGAGGGGGUAAGCAGCGGGUGGUACGAAAACAGGAUCGGGGGGAUAGGCGGUUUGGGACCGCUGAGCGAUGAUUCGAAGAAUCAAAACGUAGUGAAUAACCAACAUCAUCACCAUCAGAUUUCAAGCAUUAAUGUCACAGACUCGGCAGCUGCUGCCAUGCAGCUUUUUCUGAUGAACCCACAACAACCCAAGUCACCUUCACCAUCUCCAUCUCAUCAUCCUGCUCCUGCAACAUCCUCCACACUUCACAUGUUGCUUCCAAAUCCAAACCCAUCAUCAUCCACUUCUACUCUACAAGGGUUUCACAGCCACCACCAACACCACCACCAAAUUGGUCCUCCUUCCCAAUUCACAUGGGUUCCUGACAGUGCACAUGAAGGAGUUACAACAACUGCUGAAAUCGGAGGAGUAGUGGAAAGCCAAGGACUCUCGUUAUCGUUAUCGUCUUCGUUGCAACACUUGGAGGCGGCGAAAGCUGAGGAAUUGAGGAUGGGAGAUGGUGGGAUGCUGUUUUUUAAUCAGGUAGGAAGUGGGUCUGCUUCAGCUGCUCAGUUUCCGUACAGGAAUUUGGGUGGUCAUCACCAGGCGCCACUGCAUUUGCAAGGCGGAGGAGUGGAUCAAAACCAUCAGGUUCAUGUUGGGUUUGGGUCUUCUUCAUUAGGUGUGGUCAAUGUGUUGAGGAAUUCAAAAUAUGUUAAGGCUGCUCAAGAAUUGUUGGAAGAAUUUUGUUGUGUUGGGAGGGGUCAAUUCAAGAAGAGUAAACUUGGAAGACAUAAUAACACAAACCCUAAUCCUAAUCCAAGUAAUAGCGCCGCCGGUGGUGGUGGUUCUUCAUCUUCCUCAAAGGAUCUCCCUCCUUUGUCAGCAGCUGAUAGGAUUGAGCACCAGAGAAGAAAGGUCAAACUAUUAUCCAUGCUUGAUGAGGUGGACAGAAGGUAUAACCAUUACUGUGAACAAAUGCAAAUGGUAGUGAACUCAUUUGACUUGGUGAUGGGGUUCGGAUCAGCAGUCCCAUACACGGCCCUUGCCCAGAAAGCGAUGUCGCGACACUUCCGGUGUCUGAAGGAUGCCAUAGCAGCACAAUUGAAGCAGAGUUGUGAAUUGUUGGGAGAGAAAGACGCAGGGACAUCGGGAGUGACUAAAGGAGAGACACCGAGGCUGAGACUGCUAGAGCAAAGCUUGAGACAACAAAGAGCGUUCCACCAAAUGGGUAUGAUGGAACAAGAAGCCUGGAGGCCCCAAAGGGGUCUGCCUGAACGCUCAGUUAACAUUUUGAGAGCUUGGCUUUUUGAGCAUUUCCUCCACCCGUACCCCAGCGAUGCAGAUAAGCAUCUCUUGGCACGUCAGACUGGCCUCUCCAGAAACCAGGUCUCAAACUGGUUCAUUAAUGCCAGGGUCCGAUUGUGGAAACCCAUGGUGGAAGAGAUGUACCAACAAGAGAGCAAAGAAGAAGAAGAAGAAGAAGAUGACGCGGAUCCUGAUCCUGAUCCUGAUCAUAAUAAUAAUAAUGAUACUGAUGAGCGAGAAACAAUUAGGCAGCAAAACAGUGCCCUUGCACAAACACCAAUGCCUACUACUACCACAACAACAGUCACAGGAGCUGUUAACUCUGUUGCCACUGCACCCCCAUCAUCAUCAUCAACUACAACAACAACAACAACAACAACAGGCAAAAGAUCCCAAAUCAAUGCACUUGAUAACGACCCUUCACUCAUGGCAAUCAAUGCCCAAUAUUUCUCGGAAAACCAAGCACACCGCCCCACCACCACCGUCUCCACGGCCACCACUAUUCAUGACUCCAACACGUGUCGCUACGGCAAUUAUGGAACCAUCGCCACUGCCACUGCCGCUACCGCUACCGGGAAUCCUGAUAUUGGAAUUGGAUCGACACUAAUCAGAUUUGGGACCACGACGGGUGAUGUGUCGCUCACUCUAGGACUUCGGCAUGCCGGGAACGUGCCGGAGAAGAGUCCUUUCUCGGUUAGGGAUUUUGGGUCAUGUUGAAAUUUUAUAUAUAUAUAUAUACACAAAGUACCUUGAUGAAAACAAAUUUUAUAUAUAUAUUUGGUUUUGGUCCCUCUCAUGAUUCUCAGGACUUAUGUUAGUCAUUUUCUUUUUUGUUGUUUGAUUCUAUUAAGAAAGAAAACAAAUUUACAUCAUGGGAAAAGUAGGGAUUUACGUUAGGUGGGUAGCUCUGUAUGAGGUCUAUUGUAAUUGUAUAGGACACUGUUUUUUUGGCUUCCUUUAUAUGUACUUCGUUAAGGUUUUGUACUUAAUUAUCUCUUAAAUAAUUUAUGAAAUGUCGGCUUUAGUAAGAAAA